AUGGCUGAUGCCGAUGAUAUUUUGAGAAGUGAACUCGAACAGGAGUAUUGUCCUCCAUUGGACUCUGCUCUUUUUGCUGCACUUAUCUCUGAUUUUACCCUCGGAAAACCCGAGGAUGUCAAUGCAUUACGCGCAACUCUGGAUUGCUUGAAGGAAUCAGCUCAACUCCAAGAGAAUGACCCGUUUGAUCCGUCUGGGACAGCAAACGAACAUACGAUUGAUGGGGUCAACUUGGGAGGAGUGUUUUCUGACUCGGGAACGUCGGUUCUAGGCGGUGGCACCUUGCACACCUCCACAGAUGCGACUACGACUAGCUUGAGAUCGCAGUUAAGUCCAGGCGAGGAUGAAGCGAAUCCGAAUAUCGCAUACACUGUCAGGGCCGACGGGCGUCUAGAGUUGACGAGCACCACGAUCGAUGACAGUGUCUCGUUGCUAGCUGCAAUGUUCCCGAGUGUAUCCCGUCUCGAAAUUUUGCAAUGCCUGAAGAAAAGCAACAACGAUAUUGACAGGUCCAUGGACGUACUUUUGAACCUCACUUUCUUCAAUGAGUCGCAGGCCGCUGGGGAAGAUUCCCAGAUCUUUGUACCUAAGGGCAUUGAUGGCUUUCAAGCAGACAACACGGACAUUGGUCGUCAAAAAGGGCGCAAACAAAAGCGCAACAAAAAGCAGAAAGCAGUUCUCUCCGCGACAUCGUCACCUGAAGGCGUGUCCACUCCCAACAAAUGGGAGACUGGGAAGGCGGACAUCGAGUUUCUUUGUUCGUGCAUUCCUGAUAUUACAAGAGAGAAGAUAGCAUCGACCUAUCACGCCAAGGGGGCAUCUCUGCGCGCAACAGUAAAGGCCUUGGCCCUUGCUGAUCUUCCCGAAAUCGUUGAAGUCGACAAAGAUCCCGCCAUGAUGGAGCAUGUCACCGAACUUCUUUCUGUUUACCCAACCAUCCCCAAAUCUACACUUGUUGGGUUACUUCGCUUAACUGGCAACAUGGUAACGCCCGCUAAUGAACUAGCAGCGGUACUGCUUCGUCAGCCCACGCAGGCCGAAGUAAGCGAACUGAUCAAGUUCACAGCUGCGCCGCUGAACUUAGAGAAUGAUAAUGAGAAUAGCUACUCGAGGCCAUCCCAUCAAUACAAAGAGAGCUCUUUCAGGAACCACGAAUAUGAGGAUAUGCGAGCCUCAGCCAACGCAUAUUUCGCUGCAAGUUCAGCCGCUCAUAUGCAGGCCGCCCAAGCUGCACGUCGUUCAAAGUCAAAUCACUUGUAUGGCGGGGCAUCGGCAUAUUAUCGGCAGGUUGGGCAAGAGCAGCGUGAACGUGCCAUGAACCAGCUUGCCGCGGCGUCCGAUCGGCUCGUUGAUAGGCAAUCUUCUGCCUGUGACUUGGAUCUCCAUGGAGUUACCGUUGAAAAUGCUAAGCGGAUUGUCCGAGAACGGGUCGCGGCUUGGUGGGAUUCUCUCGGCGACACUAAAUACAUCCGAGGAGGUGGCAUUGAUGUCCAUGGCGGCUACAAAAUUAUCACCGGUAUCGGCCGCCACAGCCAGGACGGUACCUCAAGAUUGGGACCCGCCGUCGGCAAAAUGCUCAUCAGUGAAGGAUGGCGUGUUCGCAUAACACCGGGAUCCUUAAUAGUCCUUGGCGCUGCCCGACGUUGA